GCCGCGUUCGGCGAGCACCCGAGCGGCCGGACCUCCCUGACUCCCGGGCCGCCCCCCUCUCGCUCCCCACCCCCCUCCUCCGGCCCUCACCUACACGCCUCCGGAUUGGCCGCUAGGAAUCCCGCCCCUCCAGAGCCCCGCCUGCUAUUGGCCACGAUCUUAUAAUCAAUGGAUAAAGUGGGGAAAAUGUGGAAUAACUUCAAAUACAGGUGCCAGAAUCUCUUCAGUCAUGAGGGAGGAAGCCGUAGUGAAAAUAUGGCCGUGAACUCCAACAGAUGUUCGUCUGUCAAAGAGAAAAACACCAGUGGAGAAGACUCAGCUCCUCAGCAGCAGAGCAGUCCCUUAAGAGAAAACGUUGCCUUACACCUGGCAGUAAGCCCUUCAAAGAAUCCUUCAAGGAGAAGCCAAAACUGUGCUGCUGAAAUCCCUCAGAUUGUUGAAAUAAGCAUCGAAAAGGAGAAUGACCCGUGUGUCACCACCCCGGGCACAAGACUCGCACGACGAGACUCCUACUCUCGGCAUGCUCCGUGGGGCGGGAAGAAAAAACAUUCCUGUUCUACAAAGACCCAGAGUUCCUUGGAUUCUGAUAAAAAGUUUGGUAGAACUCGAAGUGGACUUCAAAGGAGAGAGAGGCGAUAUGGCGUAAGCUCUGUCCAUGACAUGGACAGCGUUGCCAGCAGAACGGGGGGAAGUCGCUCUCUGAGACAAAGGCUGCAGGAUACUGUUGGGUUGUGUUUUCCCAUGAGAACUUACAACAAGCAGUCAAAACCCUUUUCAAAUAAAAGAAAAAUACAUCUUUCUGAAUUAAUGCUUGAGAAAUGCCCUUUUCCCGCUGGCUCAGAUUUAGCCCAAAAAUGGCAUUUAAUUAAACAGCAUACGGCUCCUGUAAGCCCGCAUUCAACAUUUUUUGAUACAUUUGACCCAUCUUUGGUUUCUACAGAAGAUGAAGAAGAUAGACUUAGAGAGAGAAGACGGCUUAGUAUUGAAGAAGGGGUUGACCCCCCUCCCAAUGCACAAAUACACACAUUUGAAGCUACUGCACAGGUUAAUCCAUUAUAUAAACUGGGACCAAAGUUAGCUCCUGGAAUGACUGAAAUAAGUGGGGACAGUUCUUCAGUUCCACAAGCUAAUUGUGACUCUGAAGAGGACACAACCACGCUCUGUUUGCAGUCCCGUAGGCAAAAGCAACGGCAGGUGUCUGGCGACAGCCACACCCACGUUAGCAGGCAGGGAGCUUGGAAAGUGCACACGCAGAUUGAUUACAUACACUGCCUCGUGCCCGAUUUGCUUCAAAUUACAGGGAAUCCCUGUUACUGGGGAGUGAUGGACCGCUAUGAAGCAGAAGCCCUUCUCGAAGGGAAACCCGAAGGCACAUUUUUGCUCAGGGACUCCGCGCAAGAGGACUACCUCUUCUCUGUGAGCUUCCGGCGCUACAACCGAUCCCUGCACGCCCGAAUUGAGCAGUGGAAUCACAACUUUAGUUUUGAUGCCCACGACCCGUGUGUGUUUCACUCCUCCACUGUCACAGGACUCCUGGAACAUUACAAAGACCCCAGUUCUUGCAUGUUUUUUGAACCCUUGCUUACUAUCUCACUGAAUAGGACUUUCCCUUUUAGCCUGCAGUAUAUCUGUCGUGCCGUCAUCUGCAGGUGCACUACGUAUGAUGGAAUCGAUGGGCUCCCUUUACCAUCCAUGUUACAGGAUUUUUUAAAAGAGUAUCAUUAUAAACAAAAAGUUAGGGUUCGCUGGUUAGAACGAGAGCCAGUCAAGGCGAAGUAAACUCUCCUGUCCCCAGAGGGCGUUAAGUAGACCUGCUUCUGGGUGCCUCCAGCAGCACACCUAAAGCAAGCACACGUGUCAGUGUUAGGGUUUAGUACAGUAGUAAGCUUAGUGUUAGUGUCUGUCAGAUGCCAUCUGCUGUGCCUCAGAGAAACGUGGUGCCUAUUGAAACAACCGAGAUAGAGCUACUGGGGUUCAGUAAGGCCUACACAGAUGUUUUACCUAUUUAGCUUAAGGGUUUGUUUUUUAAUGGCCAGCGUAAUUGAGCGAAGCAACUCUGGGGCAUUUGCUAUGAAGAAUUCUAUUUCUUACUGAAGAACAAAUUAUUGGAUGGUAUUUCAACAGCGUGACUAAUGUUUGAAAUUAUUUUUUCUAAGAAUUUUUCUAUAACCUUCCAAAAGUAGUGAUGUUUGUAGUUAUUGUAUAUCAAGCUUCAGAAGUCCAAAAAAAUAAAGACUGCCUUCCUUUUAGAGAAAAAAAGAAAAGAAAAAAAAUGCAAUUUUCUGGCCACAAGGGCAUAGUGCAGUUCACUUAAGUGUUGAUAGAGUUUGUAGUCAGUCUCCUUUUCUCUUCUGCAAAAGGUACUGUUCAGUAAGCCAGGUUUUCUAAAGGGUAGUUCUUAACAUUUCAGACUUAAAAAGUUAGUGGUAGAAUUUUAUUUAAAGAUCCGAAGCAUUAAUGAUUUUUAUGAGUGCUUUGACUUCAACAGGCGUUUCGAAUAGCUGCUGCAACCUGGUCCUGUGUGUGUUUUUAAGGUGACAUGUGCAGUUGAGUCGUUGAUUCCUUAAAGGUAGAUCUUUCCCUCUGCCCCUGAUGUGUUUGCGAACCGGGAGGAAAAUGAGACUGGAAGAUGCCCAGACGAGUCAGAUGAUAAUAACUGCAGUGGUUUGUGAUGUUGAGAUUCUCGUUAAACUGUAAUUAGUUAUUCGGAUGGCAGUAUUUAUCCCUUUGUUGUAAACGCUCAUAGUUGAACUGCUUAAAUAUAAUUUAUAGAAUUUCAGUGCAGUUAAUUUUUAAUGGAAAAUCUGAAAACUAAAUUGCAGAUGUAAAAGGUACUGUACAACCAUCAUAUCUGUAAAUAACUCUACUUAGCACCUUUUUGUCACUUAGAAUAGUAGGCAAUACUACUUGAGUGAGCUCUUUUGGAAGUAAUACCAAGUUGAAGUUCUAGUGUUUGCUUCUUAGUAUUGAACUGAAUUUACAGUUCUGUCCUAGACAUUUUGCACUAAAGUGGUGGACCCCGUUCCUGUGUCCUUUUGUUCAUGUGCUCCGUACCACUGGUGAGUGCUCCGUACCACUGGUGAGUGCUCCCUGGUUUCCUUACCUGCUGCUACAGAAUGUUAUUUUACAUCCAUGUGGCUAUCGCCAAGGCUACAAAAAGAGAAGCUAUAUUUGUAUGCAACACUAACCCCUUGACUGCUGGUGUAUGUUUCUGCUUGCUGGGCCUUGUUAUGGCUGCUUUGCUGUGCUAAUAAAAAAGUAUGUUUGGUGUUCUCCUUGUAGAUCUGCUGUUUUAUCCAUUUGCAACAAUUUCUCCUGUAAAUGGAAUGGUUUGGGGUUUUUGAAUAAGCUCACUAGAUAACCUCUUAGAGUUCAUGCAGUCUAAUACUGACUUACCAGAGAAAGCUAACUCUAAAUUUAACGCCUCUCCAUCUUUCCAAUCCUAAUCACAUAGACUGUGGAACAGUAUCUAUACUUACUGCAAAUUACUGUACAGUUUAGAUCUUAACAGAGAAAAUUAACAGUUACAGUGACUAAACCUAUUGACUUCUCUGCUUAUAAGUGAAAGAUUGAAACUAGCAAUGAUGUGUUGUAGUAGACGAAUGUGCGUAGCCGCCCACUGCAUCAGAGACAGGUAAAGUGACAUUUGCGAACUAACAAUACAUCAGCACCAUUUGUUGGUUUGGGGACCAUUUUAAUUGUUAAUAAAUGCCCAAAAUGUAGAACUUGAACCAAAGACUUGUCCAUUUUACAGCAGAAUGGGGAUUGAAGGGACUUAGGAUUCCUGUUAAAUCUGAUAGGAGUCCCUGAGGAGCAUAUACCAAAGUGUUUGAGAACUUCAUCCAAACCUGCUUUAAAGCAUUAUGUGCAAUUAAGUUGUUACCACAUAAAAUUAUAUUGCAUAAUUGUUGGGUUCAUUUUCUUGAGCUUCUAAUGUACCUGGAAAAUAAACCUCUUGAAAAAACAAAACAGUCCAUAAUGAUUAUUGGAGAAGGGCUCUGUAUGCAAGAAGAUUGUGUUAUAAAGAGGUAACUUGAAACUCCAAGAAAGCACUUGAUAUUUUAUAUGCUUGUAACAAAUUGAUGUUCUAACUGUAGUUUUGUAGAAAGUAUUAAUGCAUUUAUGUUUUCAAAACUUUUGUACGUCAAGUGGAAAUUGUUUUAAAUGUAAAUAUUUGGGUUUAUUUAAGCACGUAUACACUGCUAAAAGUCACUUAUGUUUUAGUUUGUGUGUAAUAUUAAUAUGCAACUUUUGGCUAAAAAAUUUCUUAAAAUAUCAGUGGCUUACAUUUUACGGAAGAAAAAUCACCAGCAUGAAAUUGCACCUAAGUCUAUAUUCACUGCGUCUUUUUCUCAAUCCCUUUGUAGCCUGUCAACUAAAUUUGUGUUUCUUUGGUCUUUUUGAAGUGUAUUUUAAUAUAAAUCAGGAAAUUC